AGAUCAGAGACAUACCCACAGGGGAGACUACCUCCCUAGGGAGGGAGCCAGGAAAUCACAGCUCCAUGUAGCUCCACGGUGUUACUCUAGAAGGAUCACCAUGAAGAAGGUCAAAAAGAAAAAGUCUGAUUCCAGGCGCCGAAGGAAUUCCAUUUCACCGCAGACUAGCUCCGACUCCUCACAGCAGCCCAGCUCAGAAACCCCACCAUCAUGUCCAGAGCCCGCCUCGCCACCAUCUAAGCCACAGACUUGCCAGGACUCCACCCCACCGCACCAAGUUAACCCUGAGCCUAAACCACCACAGCCUCUCCCGCCUCCAGAGAAACGUGCCUCGUCUCCGUGCCUGGUACCCAUGGAACCUAAACCAAUUCUUCCAUGCAGGAAAGCAGCAGUGCCUCUGACCUAUGUGGCCCCACGCUCCUGCUCCUGUGCAGCCUGCCCGGGCAGCUCCGCUUGCUGGCGUCGUCUGGGGCUUUGCCAUAGCCGAAUCUUUGAUGUCCUUCUACCUCGGGACUGGUCAUCCAUGCCAGGGAGAGGAUUCCCAAACCUUCUCACCUUCUACAGAAAACCGUCAAGAAAGUACUGCGCUCCCCGUAACUCUCGUGCUUCAAGCUCUCGGGACUGUUGCUGUGGCUCUGGGGGCCUUGGGAGUUGCCUACUUCAUGGCUGAAUCCUUGUGAACUGGACCCCAGGCCCACGGUCCAGCAGGGGUUCAUGGCAUGGCACCCCAACUAUGCCACUCUGCGUAAGGAUUCUUCUAAGAAGAAAGUCAUUGAGAAACUGAAGCUCGUCUCCGCCCUCCCUGAUCUACCUGAGAACAGCAUAAUCUCUGCUAUUACAAUGAGGUGACGCCAUCCCAGGAAGGGUGAACAGUCUUGUCCCUGAAGACAGCACACAGGAAAACCAUCCCACACAAAGUCUGCCUUGUCACCAUAUCAGUGCCCUUCCACAAUCGGCCACCAUCCACAUUCAAACCUUUUAUAGCCUCCCUACAAAAUUCUUGCUGUUUAUGGGAAUGUCUGUACAUCCUUUGUGUCAUUUGCUCUGUGCACAGGCACUGCCUCAUUAAUAACUUGUUUUUCUCUUGC